UGGCGGGAGAAUGAGGAUAUAAUACUCAAUUCUCAGCAACAAGCUUACGACCGAAGCUAGGGCUUGAAAAUGGAGAUGUCGAACUUGUAAAUGGCAGAUUUUAAAAUGUUUAGGACAAAAUAAUCCUAAGUAUUCUACAGAAAUGCUAACGGGAAGGGAAAGUUUGAGCAGAUUGAUCGGCAAACGGCGCCGUUUUCUCCCCAAUCUUCAGUCCGUUCUCUCUUCGCCAAUCCAGAGCUCAUUGAAUCUCUCGUCUGAUAAAAAUGGGCGCUUGGCUGAGACCCAAUGUUCCAAAGUCAAGGUUGAAUUGUCCAGUUCUGAUUGGGUAACUUGCCCUGUGUGUGGGAACAAAGUUCCUGGUGAAGAUUACACUCUCAAUUCUCAUCUAGAUGGAUGUCUUUCUAGAAGAACUAAACGGAAGUUGACACAGCUGACACUUCUUCAGUUAAACUUUGGUUGUUCUCAAUCAAAUGUUCACGUUUCUUCCAGUGAAUCAGAAAAGUUGCUGACUAGUGACCUUUAUAAGAGUCCUUGUGACUCUGAAGAGAAGGCCACUUGUGGCUUCUCUAAAGUCAGUCCAAGUGAAGGAAAAAGCCAUGAUCAGUGGAGACAAUUUCUACAAACGGAGAGUGUUAAACAAAUUGACAUGGCUGGUUCAACAGAAAAUCCAAUCAGUGACGGAAGGGCAAAAAUCAUGGUUGAUGUUCCUGCAUUGUCCACAGAUGAUGAGGAGCCUAGACAUCUUAUGGAUGAAACUGUACAUGACAUACCUGGGGUGCUUAUUGAUACUUUUAUAGUUGGCCGUAAGUUUAGUGAUGUAAAGGACUUAAAUCUUGGGGCAAGAAUAUCUCUUCUGAGGGACCCUAAUAAUAUUAAGGAUUCUAAUGCUAUCAAGGUUCUUUCUGCAAGUUCUGCAUGCUGCAAAGUGCUUGGUUACCUCCCUCGAGAGCUAGCUCAGUAUUUAUCUCCUCUAAUUGAGAAGUACUGUUUGAGCUUUGAGGGAUGUGUGAUUGCUGUUCCUAGAAGUUCUCUUGAUGCUGUUCCAAUUCAGAUUGUGUGUCAGAACAUGAUAUUAAAUGGUGAAAAAGGAUGCGAUAAUUUUGAGGUGUUCAAACAUUUGUGGCAAAAAGCUCUUCAAGUAGUUGAAUUUGCAAAGAAUCGCCCACCUAAUACGACAAAAUAUCAGGAAAACUUUUGUCUGUUACUACAGGAGGUUCUAAGAAGUAGUCCUCACCUUUUCACAGAUGAUGAAAAGAAAUUCAUUGAAUCAUUCACUUCAUUAUCAGAGGAUAGUCGGAGGCUUUUUGUUCGGCUUUAUAUGCGGAAAGGACCAUGGUUUCGACUGUCGACCAUUAUGUACCCUGAAGUAUGUAAUUGUCAACAAGCUGUCAAGGAGCUAUCUGCAAAUGGCUAUAUAUGUCUCUUUGAAGAUAUAACUGAACUACCUGAGGAUGACCUGAAGAACCUUUUGAGUCUGCUCACUGUUUCUGAGCUUCGUGACAUUUUAUGUACACUUAAAAAGAAACGUAAUCGUGGUUCAAGAAAGCAAAAUCUUAUUGCGUCUCUUCUUUCUUGCUAUAAAGGUGGAUCAUGCCCUGUUCUACCACACUUGAUUUUGGAGAGAACUGACAUUUGUACUAGGAUAUCUUCAGAAGCUGAAUCCCUUUUUUGGCGUGCUGAGAGGCUUUUCUUUCUAAAUGGAGAACAGGAUCUGUCAGCCUUCCUACUGGUGGAUCUGGGGAUUGUCAAGUAUCCUACUUACAAGUGCAUAAUUUCUGAACAGAUUUUCUCAAGUAAAAGUGACUUGCUUGCUUAUGAAGAGGCGAUUGAAGUGGCUCAAAUAAUGGAUCAAUCUCUUGAUGAAAACAACUUUGAAUUGAUCUUAAGAUGCAUCAUGAUAGCUGAGUCCCGUAUAUCCAGCUCUCCUGAGAAAUUGAUUGAAACCUCUACACCUGAAUUAACGUCUACAUUUCUAUCAUGCUUUUCAGCCUCAUGGGUAUAUUCCAAAGUGAUCUUGCUAGGAAUUUCCUUCCUUGAGCAUGAGCAUAGGUACAAUGAUGCAAUACAUUUACUAAGGCGAUUGCUUAAUUGCUUUACCUGUGAUAGAAGAAGAGGAUAUUGGACUGUAAGAUUGUCCAUUGAUUUGGAGAAUAUGGGCCGCCCCAAUGAGAGUCUCUCAGUUGCUGAAACUGGAUUAUUAGAUCCUUGGAUUCGUGCUGGUUCAAGAAUGGCACUACAAAGGCGAGUUCUUCGCUUGGGAAAACCACCAAGGCGCUGGAAAACUCCAAGCUUUUCUGAGUCAAUUAAGAGGAACAUAACAGAGGUUCAUAUUCAAGGGAGACCAUUGAAUUGUGAAGCUGGUAGAAAAAGCAGGUUCUAUGGGGAAGACGGGGAGCAAUGUGGAGUAGAACAGCUUGCUUUGCAAUAUUAUGCCGCAGAAGGAGGUGGAUGGCAGGGUGUCCAUACAGAGAGUGGUAUCUGGUUGACUAUUUUUGGGCUUCUCAUGUGGGAUGUGUUAUUUUCUGAUGUACCAAAUGUUUUCCGCACCAGAUUUCAGACUGGUCCCCUGGAUUUGGAGACUGAUCAUUUUUAUCUAGUGAGAAUGAGCCUCAUAGAGUAUCACCUACAAAAAAUUCAUGAUGGUUUGGCAGAAGAGAUUCUCAUCACUUCAUGGGAAUUGCAUAUGGGAACAGCUUGUAGAGGAGUUAAUUGGGAUCGACACUCCCUCUCUGACCUUCGAGCAGCAGUUUCAUGCAUUGGAGGUCCCUGUUUGGCUUCUCUCUGCAGACAUCUUGCUCAGGAUUACCAGAGUUUGUCCAGUGGAAUGCCAGAUUUGUUGCUCUGGCGCUUCCAUGGAGACCACAGAGGUGAAGCGAAACUUGUUGAGGUCAAGGGUCCCAAAGAUCAACUCUCUGAACAACAAAGAGCUUGGUUGCUGCUUCUAAUGGAUUGUGGGUUCAAAGCAGAGGUUUGUAAGGUGAGCCCUGCGCUAACAUCCACUUGAGGUCAAUUACUAUACUCUGUUGUUUGUGACAAAAAUCAAAUCUUUCCAGGACAUGAGUCUACUGUUGUAAUUUCUUCAACAAAUAUGUGAAUAAGUUACCAUGGAAUUCAUUGUC